UUUCAUCAUCCCACUUCUCUGAAUGAUUUGCUUUCUGCAGCCUGAUCUGUAAAGCAUUCUGCAUACACCCCCUCCUGCUAUUUUCUUUUCCUCAAAUGUCAGAGCACUGCCAGAGUAGGGAGACUCAGUAUUGUCUUCUUUCUCCUCCUCUCUCUCUCACACUCCCUGCCCUCCUAUUGCCCCCCUCCCAUGCACGUCCCUCCUUUCCCCUGCAUGAGUUGGAGGUGCACUGAGUUCUGCCGCUACCUUCAGGGUAGGAGCUCAUGUCUCCCCCUUCUACAAGGAUCUAUGAUUUAAGGCAGGGACUGCUUGCAGAAAAGUCAUUCUUUAACAGGUAAAAACAGUUUGUUGAAAUGGAUACUCUACAGCUUGCGCUUGUGUUCCUCUCCAUUGUGGCAUUACAUAUCUGUAUAGCAGAUGAAACGAAUCAGGACUAUACCUGGCACAUAAAGAAAAUACCUCACAUUGUUAGUUCGGAUAUUGUCACUCUCAAAAACCCAUCUUAUGAAGCAGAACUUCAAUUGGAGCUGAAUGGAACAUGUGGGAUAGAAUGCCAGAGGACCUUGCCCCCGCCCAGCCUAGCUGACCUUGAGGAGUACCUUUCCUAUGAGACAGUGUUUGACAACGGCACACGCACAAUGACAAGGGUUAAUGUCCAGGGUUGGCACCCCGAAACUGAAAUGGAAGGCAACAAACCAAAGCACUCUGUGCGCAGAAAGAGACAGAUAUAUGGCACUGACAGUAGGUUCAGUAUAUCUGAUAAGCAAUUCAUGACCAAUUACCCAUUUAGCACAGCAGUCAAACUGUCAACCGGGUGCAGCGGCAUUCUCAUUUCACCAAAGCAUGCUUUAACAGCUGCCCACUGCAUACAUGAUGGCAAGGAUUACAUCAAAAAUGGCAAGAAGCUACGUGUUGGCCUUCUUAAGGUCAGAUCCAAGCGUGGUGGCAAGCGCCGCAAGGGAUCGAAAAGGGCAAAAGAAGAUGAAUCCGAAGAUGCAGACCCUCCAAAGAAAGAUAGAAAACAAAAGAGAAAAUCCAUUCAAAAACGAUCAGCAGCAGCAGAAGAGCUGACAAACAAUCUUUCUGGGAAAGAACGAGGGUCUGGAGCUGGAAAGCCAUCAUUCCAGUGGACAAGAGUGAAGGCCAUUCAGAUCCCCAAAGGAUGGUACAGGGAUGUGUCUCACAACAUGAGUCUUGAUUAUGAUUACGCUGUUCUAGAACUGAAGCGUCCACACAAAAAGAAAUACAUGGAGCUUGGCAUCAGCCCCGAAGCUGAUAAAAUGCCAGGAAGCAGGGUGCACUUUUCAGGUUUUGAUGAAGAUAGGCCAGGGCAGUUGGUGUAUCGUUUCUGUAGAGUCUCAGAGGAGUCUACAGACUUAUUCUAUCAGUAUUGUGAUGCAGAGCCUGGUUCCAGUGGAUCUGGUAUUUACAUCAGGCUUAAGGAACCCAACAAAAAGAAAUGGAGGAGGAAGAUCAUUGCCAUCUAUUCAGGACACCAGUGGGUGGAUGUUAACAAUCAACAGCAGGAUUACAACGUAGCUGUCAGGAUAACUCCACUCAAAUACGCUCAGAUAUGUUACUGGAUACAUGGGAACCAUGCUAGCUGCAAACAAGGCUGACCUGAUUUGGGAGGAAGCCAAAUCCCAUCCAAUCCAAAGAGAAUGGCUUAAAAAUAUUCUGCAACGAGGAAAAGCCAGUGGGAAUUUAAUGCCCAUACACCCAUAAUUACUGUCAUCAUAUACAAACUGCUAGCUGGACCAGAAACAGAAUAUAGUGGCAUAAACAAUUCUAAAAGAAUGUGUGUACAAUUACAUACUGAAUAUAGUUUAAGAUAAUUAAUAAGAAAAAAAGUUUAUGAAAUGUCAUUCCAAAGCAGUUUGGGGUUCCACUGCAACAUGGGGUCCCGAAGGAGUUCUGUAAGUAAACUAAUCAUUUCCAACUUGGCAGUUCCACACUAUCAGCCAAAUUGCAAGUAACAUCUUAUAAUAUAACACUAUUUAGCUGUAAAAAGCAAUAAGGACAUGGGUGAUGGUAAUAUUGUAUCUAAAUUAAAAGCCUAAUCUAGUGUAUAGGCAAGUAAGCUGCUUGCUCCCAUCUCUCAUCUAUGUAGGGUACUGCAGCUUGUGGGAUGGAAGAACAGAUACAAAAAAGCACUGAUAUUACUGUGCACUCUCAGGCAGAGGCCAGGAAACUGUGGCCUAUAAAAGCCUUGCUACAUUUUACAUUUCUUGUGCUUUUCUUAAAAAACUUACUAUACCAUGCAAAACCUAACAGUGUCUGGGAGCUCUAAGCAGUGUUGGGCGGGGAUGCCAGGUGCCCACCAGAAAACCUUAGACCAUAAACUCACUCAAUCAUUUUAGUAUUUUAGUUUCUUUUCUUUACAUACUAUAAUCUAUCCUUCCAUGCCUCUUUGUUCCCAUACAGAAACAGGGAAUAACCAUGAAAUAGGCCAAAUGGUUAGGAACAUGAGGGCCCAUUGACACCUGGGCCUACUGGGAGUUUUCCUGGCCUCCCAGUAGGCCAGUCUGAAAAUGGUUCUAGGACCCACCAGAGUAGCCAACAACAAGGUCCCACUCUCACAACUAUUGGAUGUUGCCAGUGCUACAUGUAGACCUAUGGUGGAAAUACAUAAGGACUGAUGGGAAAUGUCCUUGGCUGGGCCCCGCUAGAAGAUCCUCUAGUACCCUUGCAAGCCAUUCUGGCCCUGGUGUCAAGUAAUAACGCUGUAGAACAGGGUUCCCCAACCAGUGGCUUGUGAGUAACAUGUUGCUCCCCAACCCCUUGAAUGUUGCUCCCAGUGGACUCAAAGCAGGUGCUCAUUUUUGAAUUUCAGAUAAGGAGGCAAGUUUUGGUUGCAUAAAAACCAAGUAUAAUGCCAAACAUAGCCUUCUGUAGUCUGUCAGUCCACAUAAGGAUUAUUAAGUAGCCAAUAAUAGCUUUUAUUUGCACCCCCAGGAACCUUUUCCAUGCUUGCGUUGCUCCCUAACAUUUUUCCAUUUAAAUGUAGCUCACAGGUAUAAAAGGCCGGGGAUCCCUGCUGUAGAAAAUAUCUUAUAGUGGUGUAAAUAUAUCAGGAUGAAACUAUAGAACAGGAAUAACAAUGGAUUUAUCUACUGAACUCGCACAUAGUAAGUGCCUGUACUGAAUAAGUCAUACUUUACCAAUUUAUUACACUUCCAUAAUAAAUAAGCAAUGCUAAAA